AUGGAUACAGAAGGUAUGGGCUCAGAUAAACUAGGCCAACUAUUGAAGCAGAUUUGGAGACAGAACCUGAUGCUGAAGCAGGCACUCCUGGGCCAUGACCACGGUGAAGGGGCUGCUGGGGCCACAUGGACAGCCACAGUGGUCUUUCUGGGUCAAGAGCUCAGCGGGGCCCUUCGGCAGUUCUUGGAGCACACAGCAGGCACACUGUGCUCCACCUGCCAGCAGCUGCAUGUCCUGCUUGACAAGGAGAAUCAGUGUACCUGGAGACAAGAAAUCAUUACUUUCAUAGACUGCCUCAUGAAAAUAAAUGGAUAUUUGGGGAGCACCGCUCUACUGUUAAAGGAAGAGGAAAAGCAGAUGUGUAACUUAUGCGGCAUGCGUGAUGAGUGUCCUCCAGUGCAGACAAUGCCUGCCAUUCAGGAUAUCAAAGCAACAGACAUUGCUGCAAGCGGGGAACAGAAUGUCAUAGAAACAGCUUCUGUUUCUCCCACAAGUGGGGAGGAAAGUCAUGACAUGCACCAGGACGGAUUAAAGAAAAAUGAAACACACACGAGCCUGGAAUCAGUGGAAAAAGAAAGCAAUACAUCAGUGAACAGAGAUGUCACAGGGCAAGAAGAGUCUCAGAACGAAAUGUUCCCAGAUAAUGCAGAAAAUGAAGAUGAUAAACAAACGGCACAUGUGACUGCUGAAAACACGAAUGGCAACAGGAGAGAGACUGACAUCAACCAGACAACAGAAAGAGACAUUCAAGAGAGCUCAGAGAACCAAAGAGAAGAGACUCCUACAUCCCCAAAAGCAGGCGAUAUGGCCAAUAAAAGUGUGAAUAGUCUUCUUCUCAAUGAUUCAAAGAGUCUAAAGCAAAAAGAUAACAUAAUGGAAAAGGAGUAUCUUGAUGUGCUGAGUGAUGAGAGGGGCCCUCAAGUAUCUUGUUACAUCACAGCGCCUUCAUACCUUCUACAACACCUAGAAUGCCGAAUAACUAACAGCAUGAGUUCCUUAGUAGUGAGUGAUAACGAAGAGUUGGUCAGCAAUGUGAUCACUAUUGAGUGUUCAGAGAUGGAGAUGAGGAUUCCAUUCCCAAUAUGCAUUGCAAUUCCCUUUACCACACAUUACAGGGGGAAUUACAGAGACAUCCUGGUGAAAAUGUCUGACAUAAACCUUCAGUCCAGUUACCUAACCCCAAAUUCCCUUGAAGGAAUGAGAGGAAGUUACAAGGGGACCUGUGCUGAAGUGAAAGUUUAUAAGUUGGGGAUCUUUUCUGUCAUGUCCUGUUUAAAGAAAGAGUCCUUCACAGUCACAAGGAAAGGCCUCACUCUCAAGCCAAGCAUGGAUCCACGGAUAUCCCUGCAUUACCCUCCAGGAGUUUUCGGCUCACCCGUCCUUGUGCAAUUAAAGAUCCAACCUGUUGAUCCAUCGCUGGUGGCAUAUUUAAGAACACAGCAAGAUACUUCCUACUCGGUACUAUCCACCAGCCCUCUGAUUCAUGUGCAGCACCCAUCCACACAUCUUUUCCGGAAGCCAGUCACUGUAUGCCUACCUUGUUCUUCACACCCUGAUAAGAAACAUUUUGGGUCUGAGGUAAAUCAUAAUAGAAGCACCACUACCACAACAAAAGGCAUGGUACCUUUAUACUUCAACCGGACAAAAAGUGCUUCUAUAGGAAAACCCGGGAACAAUGCCUGUGAAUCUUUGAGAUUACUGGGAUUCAGAAGCCGAGACAGUGGUUGGUUUGGGCUUGAUGGUGUUGCAGUGAGAACCUUGCAGAGUGGCUUGAUAUCAUUUGAAUUGUGUGAACACUUAGAGAGGUUUAUUGUGGUCCACCUGUCUUCCCUUGCGGACAAUAGCCAUUUGGUUUCUUUUGUGAAAUCUUUAGAGGAAGCCAUGCUCAGCACCAGUGCCUGCAUUGUACUGUAUCACCAGAAAGACAGUCCACACCGAGUGGUUAUUUCCGUGGUGCCUUCCAAAGAUUUAAACCAGGAGCUUAGGACCUUGCGUUUGGAAGCUUGCAGUGGUCCUCCAGAGCCUUCUCGCCAUUUCCAGGUGAAAGAAGGAGACCAGCUACUUUUAAGGUUUACUGGAAACAUAUUUGCCUCAAGCAAUGGGAAGGAUUAUGGGAAAGACUACAAGCUUAUUUUUCACUUACAAAGAAAACCCAGGCUGGACCUCCAAAUCAAAGAGGUGGAUGAAUUUGGCAACUACAGCUGCUCACAUUAUAAGGGCACUGUUGUAGUUUACAAACUACCUAAACAAAAGACAGCCCACAACUUGGACCAAUCUCUUAUACUUAAUGAAAACCAUUAUCAGUUGCCAGUGUGCAAAUUACCAUUGAGACUACCAAAGCAUGAAAAAUUAAUCAACCGGCCACAGAGUACCAAAAGAAUUUCUACAGAUCCUCUAGAAGCCCUGUGGGAUAAGUUGCUCUACUGGUUGGCCGAGGAGCUCUCAGCAGAAAAUGCCAGGAGUCUCUCCUCGUCCCUCCCUCUUCGCCGCAGCACCAUUCAGCUCAUCAAGCUGAAGAACCCAGAUGACCUCACAGAACAGAUCCACGAGCUUCUUUGCUCCUGGAAAAAAUCACUCCCGAAUGCCACCGAUAAACUUCGCCUGCUGGCUCGCCAUCUCCGCAAGAUCGGCAGGAGUGAUCUUUCGGAAGAGCUCAAGUUCAAGUGGGAAAAUCAAGUGUUCACUGAGCCACAGCAGAGGCUUGAUGUGGCAGAGUAA